GUAUAGCUGGUAAGCAUGGACGACACACGGCUCAAGAAAAUCGGGGAGGAGGUUAGAGAGAUAGAAGAGCUCAAGUUUGAAACUGAAGCCAAGAAACGAAUCCAAAGCGCUCGACGUGCGCACGCCCUCAACCGGAUAUGGUUGGCCAACUUAGACGUCCGCACGGUGGCGGAAGAGAACGUGGAAGAAUUGCGGGAAGUGAUCGCUGUUUGUGAGGGGGAGUUAAAAUGCUUGAAAGACGAGACAACGAGAUUAAACUCAAGGUUACAAGAUCUAAGGAACGAAGAGAGGGGAAUAGAACAACAACAACCAGAUUUACAAGAACUUGAGGUAUUUUCCCGAAACAAAGAAUUAAUUAAACCUUCAGUGAUCGAUAAUGGAGAUUUGGCCACCCGCAAGAGGGCGACAAAACUUCUCGCGGAGCUCGCGCCAAGGUAUCAACUACAAUACAAGAUCGACCUUGCUUUACAAAAGCUGCAGAUGGAUGAACGGGCACAACCACCGGAGCAUGACGAACCCACUAGCGGCGCUCAAGAGACGCAAACAUUGGAAACCCCCGAGUUCUACCAUGACAGAACUGUAUCUAUGACAACAUCAGAGUCUGUGACGUCAUCGGGUGAUGACGUUACCAAUUUGGAAGAUGAUAUAACGGCUACUUAUCAAAACCAUGACGUCACAAGCGAUUACGUAGCGUACAAUGACGUCACAGACCCGAAAACCGACGUCAUAUUUGAUAACGACAUAGAAGAUAACAGUGACGUCACAGAGGAUAUUGAUGACGUACCACCUGUACCUAAACCGAGGAAAAAACGGAAACCACGUGAUUCACCAACCAUGGAAGUAGCGCAGCCCGUUGUUUAUAUCAAAGAGGUGACGUCAGAAGAUCAUGACGUCACAGGUAUGACGUCACGAGAGCAUGAAGUCACAAGGGAUGUAGAAGUACUUGACAAUGAAAUUGUGGAACAAUUUUACGAUGACGUAGAAACAUCGAGCGCUAGUGACGUCACAUCGUCGAUCGACGAAAACGAAGAAGUGACGACGCGAUAUUCCUAUGACGUCACAAACGACGGGGAAUCGUUAUCGGAAGAAGACUCAAACCCGAACGUUCUACAACAUGAAGUUAGUGUCGUCAUAGAAGCAAUGGUUGAUGACGUCACAGAAAACAAUGUUCUGGAAGAAAGUGACGUCACAGAGGAAUCGAAUAAUGACAUCACAGAACCCUUUGAACACAUUGAUGACCUCACAGACACGCAGGCGAUCAUCGAACACGGUAAUGACGUAACAAUAGACAGCGUUAAUGACAUCACAGAUGCAGAACGCGAUUUCGCUCCCAAUCUCGCCCAUUGUGUCGUCACAGAGGGUAUUCGCGAAGCCACAGCUGUGGGGGAGUCCCCCCGUGACGUAUCAGGUUUCGCGUCAGAUCGCGAUCCUGUUCAAUCGAAUGUAAACGUCACAAAGGAAGUCGCUGACGUCGAAUCAAGCGCUGAUUCGAAAGCUGUGACCGCGGUUAACGUAUUACAAGAAGAUAGCUUACUGGACGACUGCUUUGUUCCUGAGGAACACGUCACAAUCACUGAAGAUCGCGUCACAGUCGAACAAGACGACGUCACAGAAAAAGCUACGUCAUCAGAAGUGACGUCACCGAACUUAGUUAUCGUGGAAUAUCCAGACGUUCUAAGUGACGUAACAGAGGAAGAGAUGAGAAUAAUAGAACGUACGGGGUUGGUCAAUCGAGAUGAAGUUCCGGAGGAUCCAAACGCGCGAGUGACGUACAACGCGGCUCACAGCCAAAGAAACACCGACGCAACAAAGUGGUUCGGGCAAGCUAAACCAAAAGAUAAAGUUUGGUUGAAACCGAAAGGAAAAGUCGACGACUCGGCUGAAACUGAGCGUCGAAAAGUAAUAAAAGCGAUGACGAAGAAACACAAUCCCAAUUAUGUCCCAAAAUGGAAGCCGCCUGUCGAGAAGAAAUGGGAAGAUACGUUGGAUGAAAACAAAAAGGAGAGUCUCAAAAAAUACGAAGAACGGCGUCGGCAGCGAAUUGAAAGUUCAAGCGCGCAUUCUACGUCAUCAAGUUCUGACGUCACAUCCGCUUCGGAAGUUUCUAUAUCAAUUCAUUCGGCAUCUUUAUCCGAGCUUUGCCCAAACAGCGAAGUAGUUGUAGAAUCAAACGUUCAUAGUAAAGACGCGAUCAACUUAUGGGAAAGUAAACUUAGCGAUAAAUUCGCGAAACAAGAAACGGAAAAUAAAAGACUCUCAGUUGGAAAGUGGAAACGAGCGCAGAGACAAGCACAAGAGAAACGUGAACGAACCGAAUCGAUGUCCAGCGUUUUGUCCAACGGUAGCGUAACAGGGGAUCUCCCCACGAGUGAAAACGUCAUCAGGGAGUCGCUGGGGGUGUCGAAUAUUAUGAGCAAGUUAGAUAAAGAUGGCCGCGAUGACGUCACGAGAUGGCGAAACAUUGAGCACCAAUCGCAAGAAAACAAAUCCCUAACCAACUUCCGCAAGACGGCAGCAGCACCCCGCCGCACAAACUCGUUCACCGUUACUCCUGGCUCGGGGUACAGAAGCUUUGCUAGCCCUACAAAGACAGCGGCACCAGCGAGCCCCAAAGUACCAACGAGCCCUGAGGGCCCCCCGGUCAACUCGGCACGCUACAGCCAACCGAUACCGGGUGAAAGUUUCAUUGACCGUGAGAUCAGGGAGUCAGCGGAAAGAGAGGAACAAUGGAAACAUGAGAAGCUGGAACCAGAAAUCGACCGUUUGUCUAUGACGUCAUCAAACGAAUCUACGACGUACAUGAAGCUACCUUCCGGCGCCAUUUAUUCACCGACGCUAAGUCCCGCCUUUGCUAUGACGUAUGUAAGCGUCACAAACGACAAAAGCGUAAAAUCUCCACCACCGAAAUAUUUAAACAAAGAGGAAAAAUCGGUCACUAGUGACGUUUCCACUGAUGUGACGUCACAACGAGAUACUAUGACGUCACCACAUGACGUAUUUCAACCACACACCGAACAAACGGAAUACAUGGAACAGCACGACCAUGGGGCAGACUCUGGUAUUGAAUGCAACGCACCUAACCCUGUUAGAUCGAACGUCACAUCUCCUACGUCAGACCACGACCGACCUGGCUCUCUAACGACAUCUGGCGGUAGUCACGAAGAUGAAUACCCGUCGUCAGAUGUCUCUGCUGCGUCACAUGACGAUACAGAGGUCCCAGCCAAGCCCCAACAGAAAACCCCCUACUCUCACAGAGUUGCAUCAGUGGUAACCCCAAGAGGCUGGAACCCAAAGUCACUCACAGUCGGACCAGUGAGCCCCAAACACAAGUUUUUUAACAAACAGCCCCCACUUACCCCAACACCCACCCCUGAGGUUGUGGAACAAGAACCCAUUGUUACGGAAACAAAGGAAGUUAUGAGUCAUAAUGACACCAACAAACAACCCCCCCAAGUGGAAGAAACAUCGUUGAAAGUCGACAAAUCGAUUAUCGAACAAAAUCCACAAGCCACAGUUAAACAAGUAACUGUGACACGACAAAGAUCAGGACCAACGUUUGACGUCGUUUCAAGUAAAAACCGACUUCAAACGAUAAUGGAGCUUGAAUUAAAAGAAGCGGAGAAACGCGAACAAGAAUGGAAACAAAAGCAGAUAGCAACACUAGAAGGCAGUAGUCAGCCGGCAAAAGAAAUUACGGAACAAACACACAAACAAGAAAAAGAAAUACAACAAGAACAACACACACCUAAACAAGAAGAAAACACACCAAAGAAACUGCCACCAGUAUUAACUAAUGGGGAAAGUUCCCCAACGCAGAAGCAGUCUCCCACCCUCAAUGAAACCAAUGAUGAAACAACUCGGAAGAUUGUCAACGCAUCAACCGCAGAAUACAAGAAACACUCGGUCGUAAAAGCAAAUCGCGUUCCACGCCGAAAAAGUAACCUUGCCAAGCAGUGGGAAGCUGGCAGGUUUAAAAACUAUGAUGAAGAAUAGAAAUACUAUAUUAUUCUCAUAGAAAUCAUAAAUAUUGGGAUUCGCGUGUUUUUAUAAGUUUUCUCGCAUUAUUACAGUGAAUGCUGUCACAAUAUGCAUUGUUGUAAGUAUUGUUCCAUUGUGCUUUUGAUUUGUAAAUAAACCUUGCAUGUAUAGAAGCAAUAAAGACACAACGCAAGCGUAAA